GCGCUCGGGGGUGUCUCGGGUGGGGCAGCGCUGGUUCAGCCUGGGAAGGGAAGAAGGGAGAAAGGGAAUGCGGCCCGCGGCCCUGGAACUUUCCCGUUACCCGCUCUCCCCGUGCAGCGGGUCGGGCCUCGGGCGGACCAGGUGCCGCAGGCUGCGCCAGGUUGUUCCGGGGAGGUCAAGGACACAGCAAAUACAGCGUUGUUUCAGAUGGUGCAGAACAUGAUUCCAAAGGCAUUGGGACCCAUGAAAUUCUACUUCUCUACUGUGUAUCAAGAAAUAUGGGUUGGUGUGGCAUUAACGAGUUAUGCCUACUACAAGAUUUCAUUUGGGGGCAAAAAAUCAUCAGGAAAUAAGUCUUCUGGUUCUGGCCAUCAUUAAAGAUCUCUUCUCUUCUUGGAAUGUGAAUUUGGUGGUUCAUCAGCUCUACUACAAAUGAAGCGAGUUACAACCAUAGGGAAAUGAAUGCUAGAACUGUAUCUGGUCCAUCUGCUGUAAUUGGAAAAAGAAUAAAUCCAUUGAGCAAAAAGUAA